CUGCAAGGCUGCCACGACCAAGAUCGAGGAGCAAACUGCAAAACCCUCUCCCCUCCCGGCCGGCGUCGCGUCCACCAAGAUGUCGCUGCGCCGCCUGCUUGCUUUCUCCGGUCGCCUCCACCGUUCCCUAUGCACGGCCGCCACGCCUCCACCGGAUUCGGGUCGGGGGCUCUGGACGUGGUACAUGCUCGGGAAGAUGACGGCGGCCAUGGGGCCGUCGCCGAGCCCAUGCGUGAGCUUCGUCGGUCCUCCCCGCGUCUCCAAGCUAUACAUGCCCCUGAACCUCUCCAACGCCAGCGGCCUCACUGAGCCCGACCCCGAAGGCGACGUCGUGCGGGUCUCGGUCGGCCAGGCCUGCGCCGCCAGCCAGGACGGCCUCCUCCUCCUCAGCUGCCAAGACAUCCUCGUCACGGCCCCCAUCCUCGCCAAGCAGGGCGGCCACAAGGUGCGGGAUAUGACCGCCGCCGCCGACCCCGACAGCGUCCGCCUCGCCAGCAUGGCGCACGUCGUCUUCAACCCUCACACCGGCAGGCAGUGCCGUCUCCCGCCCAUCCAAGGCCCCAAGAGGAUCUUGGCUGGGUUCCACCUGGGCAUCCUCACCCAGCGCGGGCCACCGGAAAGGUACGCCGUCGCCGAGCUGGACGGGAACGCCAACGUGAUGCUCCGGUUUCUCCCGGAAACAGGGGAUUGGGAUCUCGUCAACUGCUCCCCGUUCCAGCUCCCGGCUCAGCGGCGAAUGGUGCCAACCCAGGAGGUUGUGCCCUUCCGAGGCUACCUGUGGUGGGUGGACGUGACCUGGGGCGCCAUCUGCGCCGACCCGUUCAGCGACCGGCCGGAGCCUCACUUCAUCGAGCUGCCCAGCGGCAGUGUGCUCCCUGCAGACACACACGACCAAGUGCUCCGCCGCCCAAGGAGCCCGCUGCCUGACGCCGAGGGCAACGCGUGGUGGAUGCAGGCGCCCGCAAUGUACCGCCGCGUCGGGGUCAGCGGCGGCUGGCUUCACUACGUCGAGGUGUCUGAGGAGGAGCCCUUCGUGCUCAGCUCCUUCGCACUCGACGCCGACGGCAGCGGCUGGACGCUGAACCACCGGGUGGCGCUCAGCCCGCUCUGGGCGGAUGGUGGCUUUCCAUGGCUACCCUUGCAGGGGGAGACCAGACCCAAGAUUGGCGUUCUUGAUCUGGCCAGAGACGAUGUAGUGUACCUCACUGUUGGCCAGCACAUGGUCGUCGUGGACAUUCAAAGGGGGGAGGUUGUCGAGCAUUGUCCGCUUGAAGGCGGCGACGUCUGCAUUUUACCAUGUAUGCUUACCUCGUGGCUUUCAGGAUCUCCGAUACCUUCGGCAGGAAAGAGUGAUGUCACAGAAAAGAAUACAUUGGCAGAUGUUCUGGUUCGGUCAGACAGAGUCCAGAAGAAAUGAAGGAUGUGCAAGGAUGGUACAUUGGCACCCCUGAGCAAGUUCGCCAAGAUGAUGUUUCUUCAGGCUCCUGUUGAUGGACAGAGUGUUGCUCUCUUGGGUGAACUGUAAUAUGAUAUAGAGCUGGCUUAUAUUUUUUUUGUGAUAGUUGCUUGGUAGUAGCUUGAUUUUCUUCACUUAGCUCAAUCGCUUGGUAGUUGUAAUGUCGGUCUGUUGUUUUCUUCAUGAGCUGACAUCUCAACUAUCAAACUGUUUAAUCUCCUGCACCAACUCUGAAUGCUGAAAUCGAACCUAUCGCUGACCUUGUUUA